UUUCUUUUGUUUUGUUUUUCUUUUGUAUGUCUAUUACAGGGUGUAAAUGACGAUUACAAGAAAAAUGGAGAAUUAUGUUGAAGAAAAUCAAAAUAUGAGAGAAGAAAAUAAGAUCAUAAGUAGUUUGUAUCAUAAUAUUUUUAUACUUACAAAUGAUGAAGAAGAAGGAGGAGGUUGCAAUGAUGAAAAUCCCUCUACUUAUGUAUUUGGUUGUGAGGAUGAUAAUAACAAUAAUGACACACAACAUACCAUGGAAAAUGCUAUCUAUUGGGAAUCACAAGAAGCCUUGCUUAAGGAAAUAUUGGAACAAUAUAGGUUGCUUGGAUCAAAAGUACGAGAAGGGAUAACAAGAAGUGUAGAAGGGGCUAGAGAUGUGGGAAUUAAUAAUGUUAUAUGUGAAUGCUCAAAUGGAAAAGUAGGCAGACCAUCAUCAUGUGCCAAGUGCUUCAGAAGAAGAGUUGUUGAAGAGUUGUGUGAAAAGGGAUUCAAUGCUAGCCUUUGUACUUCGAAAUGGAACCACACAUCAAAGAUGCCUGGAGGGAGACACGAAUACAUACAAGUUAUAGCAAGCACACAGGGAAGAAAGAAGAAGGUUCCGUUGUUGAUAGAAUUGGAAUUCAGAGAUGAAUUCAAGUUGGCAAAAUCGUGCAAAGAAUACUCUAAACUCAUUACCCUAUUGCCUCAGGUUUUUAUAGGGAAAUCUGAACACUUAAAUGCUAUCGUUCGGUUGAUGUGCGAUGCAGCAAAGAGAUCAACAGCCCAACAAAGGAUCCAUUUGGCACCAUGGAGGAAGAGGAAUUUCAUGCAGAUGAAAUGGUCAGCUUAUAAUUCUGAAAAAAGAUUACUACAUCACAAUCAAAUCACUUUAACUAAACUAACCCAACAACUACUCUUUAGGCCUCCUCCUGCUGCUGCUGCUCUCAAAGUUGCUUAAAUUCACUUGUUGCAUUAAUUUCUCCUCCACAAGUCUAGACUAGCUAUUCAAUUUCAGAUUAUGAUCAGCUAUUAUGGUUUGCCAAGUUGUUAUGUAUUAUCUUAGUUUUCACUUUUUUCUAUGGAACAUAUAUAUCUCAAGAGUUAUGUACUAUCGGCGCGUCUACAAAUCAAAUACUACAAUUUUACUA